CACUCAUCAUCAGAGAAGUUAGACCACCACAGCCACCACCGCCACCCCCGCUCCGCAUCAGACAACAAGCUCCACCUCGUCCAGCACCUCCCCCACUAGUUCUUCGUGAACGACCGCCAGUGCCACCUCAAGUAAUCCAAAGUCAAACAGUCAUUCGUCGUUUGGCUGCAUUACCAGUACCACCACGCUCAGUUAUCAUCGAACGUCUUCCACCUCUUCCACCAAGACCACGUGAUAUCAUCAUUGAAAGAUGGAUCCCAUACGGACGUCAAGCUAAACGUCGCGUCAUUGUUCAACGGGCUGCUGCCGCUCGACAAUACGCACGACCAAGAAAUAUCAUCAUCCAAUAUGAACCAAUUCAAGCUCGUGUCGUAAGACAAUUUCAACGACUUGGGGUUCAAGCAGAAAAUCCACAGUCCUAUGUUGCACGAUAUGGUGUUACGCUUAGAGAUUCCCAUACUUUGUUACAAGAAGCGAGACAAGCAGGUGUGGUCGAAGAUAUUUCACCACCAAGCCUUGGAUUUGGAGUGCAAAGUUAUGGACAAGAGGCAUCCUUUGGUAGCUAUGGAGGUGUAGGUGGUUUCGGCGGAGCUGAUUAUGCUAGUUCGUACUCCUCCCAAUCUGGUUAUGAUUCAGGAUAUGGAGGUGGAUAUAGCGGUGCACUAUAUUCUGACUCUGGUUAUAAUGCCGGUUUUGGCGGUGGUUAUGCUGGUGGUUUCGAAGGAGGAUAUGAUGGUGGAUAUUCAUCAUCGAGUUACGGAUCGUCUGUGGGUGGCGGUUAUGGCGUUGGCUUUGAUGCCGCGGAUAUUGCUUUCAAUGCUGCAGACGUCAACCAUGACGGCUCAAUUGAUCAGGCGGAAUUUCGACGCUUUGUCUCCGGUGGUCUUUAA